AUGUCCGAAAUUGGUAGGUCAUUGCCAGCUUUGGAUUUGAAGGACGUGCUGGGUGAGGUGACGGCUUCAGCUCCACCCCCCACAUGCUCACUUGGCACGCGCGCUGGCGGAUCGAAGUGGGUGGUGCAACACAACGACAUUCGGAGCCGCUUGGGCAUGCCACCUUGUCAGCUGGCGUCCACCUGCAGCUUCCUGACUGCAAGAGAAGCCAGCUCAGUUGAAAUGGCUUUGUUUGCCAACAAAGGAAAAGGAUUCCCAUGUGUGAUGGAUGUUUCUCAGUCCUUUGACCGGUUGCCUUUGGGGUGGGGCGAAUGCCCGUGUUUGACAACCAGCUCCAAGCUUCUUCUGGUUUCAGCGCAUGGUCAGAAGAGGCUCCUUUCUGCACAGGAGAAGUUGAAGCUCUUAGGUCUGCCGGCGGAUGUGUUGUCUUCCAGCGCGGCUGGGCAUUCUUCUUUGCACACCAUGGCGGGUAACGGGAUGCAUCUCCGUUCGGUUGCAACCGCCAUGAUGUUGGCUUUGUCCUUGGUGUCUCGGCAGAAUCCCUCGGGAAGGUAUGAUGGGCCCAAGGCUUCUCAGCCUUUGAUUUUCCAGUGGUCAAGGCGAGAUCAGUCCCAUGGGCACGCAGAGCACAAGCGCCUGCACCCUGACCCCAAGCAAUUUGCUGGCAAAUGUGCUCGUUGCCGCUACUUGCUUCAUCGGCAGUCCUGGCGGCAGACCAUCGCUUCUGUGCAACUCCCAGGGCAGAAGCAGCUCAUAUGGCUGAAUGAGAAGCCUCACCGCUUGGGAUCGUCUUGGGGCAUUGGUUGUGAUGUUUGCGCUUCUAUGCUCUCACGCCUGGUCGCUGAAAGUGCAGGGCACUCUGCAGCCAGAAUAGCAAACACAGAGAAGUUGAAGCGACGAUUGAAUACGAAGUGGGGCCGUUACGAGAUCAGUAGCCUUUGCAGCAUGCAAGCCAGCACUGUAAGGACGGAAUGUUUUCCAACGUUGUCACUCUUGUCAUCAAACUUUGUUUGCGUGUGUGUGUGUGCCCUGAGGAAACAUAGCCUUUCCAGCGUCCACCAGACAGCGCUGCAGUGCUUUCUCCACCCUGGGCAGCACAUCUUGGCAACCGCGCCUGCUUCAUGUGCUGAAGGUCAAGCUUUCAGUGGUGCAGUUCCGCAGCUGGAUGAUUACCUUCGGGUCUGGAGGUAUGUGAAAUCAUCUCAGUCGUUCAACAGCAUCGAGUCAUCGACCUUCACAGAAGCGUUCAUCAGUCAGAAGCGGUCGGACCCCAUGGAGGUUAAACGAAGAGCUGUGGCCCAGAUCGUGAAGGUCAUGCGGGAGCAAGUGCGCAAACGCAAGGUCGAAUGCCUUCUCCGGGCUACCACAAUGACACUCGUUGUGGAUGACAAGAAGGACCACCGUGUCAUUCUGUUCCACAGCAACUUGAGCCAUGAACCUGGCGGCUCCGGGCUCAUUCAAGUGUUGAGAAUCGCUGAGCAGUCCAUUGCAGGGCAUGAGGAAGAUUAUGCUGUACGCAUGGCUGACACUAUUGAGAGAGGGCUCCAGCUUUUGGCUACUCCUCUGCAUGGUGACCCAGAUGCUUGGGUAUUCACCCAUUUACGGGAGAUCACUAAACAUUUCACUGCUGAUGGGUGCCCUGCUGUUCAAAAAGCUGGCCGGAUCUUGGCCCAAAGAUUCCCGAACUUGACCUUGGUGCACAGAGAUCAUGCCCACGCAAUCAGGCUGGCCGCAGAGAGACCUUGCGCAGCUCAAGAACAGUGGGCUGAAGUUCGGGAAGCUCUCUUUGGCUCAGCGGGAUUGGUGCCCGAUGUGAUGAAUUCCGUCGAGUGGAAGAGCAAAUUGUGGGCAAUUCAACAUGAUGCGCAGUCUUGUGACGGAUGGCAGAAGCCCUUAGCUACUGCAUUGAAGCACUUGAACUACUCACCUGUUCGGUGGAACUCGCAAGACGCCCCUUUGCGCCGCUUUGCAGCCUUGCUUGUUCCCAUUGCACUGCUGUUGGCGGUCCAAUCCCAGGAUUCUCGGCUGACGGCAUCUUUCAGACAGAAUUGCCAGACAAUGUUGCAAAGACUGACUCCAGCUUUUCUGGUGAAUGCUGGGCUGGCGUCCGACUAUUCUUCAGAGAUGCUACGGUUUCUCAGAGAGUUUGACAAAGCAGACCAUGACCCUGCCAAAACGCUUCGGCAGAAGCGUUUGUUUUUUGAGAGGCUGAAAUGCCUUUUCCUGGAAAACCACAUCUUGGACGAUGUGGGGGAGGAUGUGCAAACAGUGACGCGUUUGAUAUGUCAACAGGCCAUGCAGUGCCCUCCUAUCCUGUACGGCCCAAAAGUCCAUUACUUGUGGCCAAAGACUUCCAAGGAUGAUUUCCGACAAUGCGUUCUAGGCAUGCAUGCAGUCGUGGAAUCUGCCAUCAUGGAGGUGGAUUCAGAACUGUGUGGCUUUGCCUUGGACUUCGCGAUUUUUGACAUUGCUGCAUUCCACCAUGCCAAGCAAGAUGUCCAAGGUUGGAGAAACUUUGAGUUGCUCACCAAAGGCCGCUUGGAGAGGCUCCUGCGAUCAGGGCUGCGGCACGCAGAGUGGAAAGCAGCAUCAAGAGAGUGGUGGGCUGCCGCGCACCAGCUGCAUCAACAGAACAGGGAAGCAUUGGACAGAGGUGAAGAAAUAGACAACAGACAUGCGUGGAGGCAAAGCCUGGAGCCCGGCUUCGCUGCGCAAAUCUCCCAAUUUGGCGAGUUCCGAUACUUGUCUGGUUUGGUGCAGUACUACUUAGGCUUCACAGACUCCAGCACCGGGGCUGAAAGGGCGUUGUCUCAACUAGUCAAGAUCUGCUCUUCUCACUUGGGUCCGCUGCAAGAUAGCGGCGUCACUGCCAGCAUGCUAUUGGAAAUCACCUUGGAUGGCCCUGCGGAUGAAACCGAUUUUUGCCAAAGAUUCUAUUUUCCGGGAGAUGAAACACCGCAGCUCCGAGCAACUGAUUUCAGUUUGGAAUUAGCGCAACUGUGGCGGUCUUCCUACGGCAGCCGCUUCCGGCUGUACAAAAAGAGGAAAGAUGCAGGACAGACACGACCAAAGAAAGCAGGAACAGAAGUCGAAAUUGUUCGUUCGCAGGCAAGAGCUGCAGACAGGAUUGUCCAACAGGUUUCCAGAAGGCAGGCAGACACUUCUGCUACUGUGAUUGGUCUCCGUCGUAGAGAUCUACCUCGCCAUCGGCCUUUGGCAGAAAACCCAGCAAAGUCGGGGUUGGAGGCAGUGUACGCAUGCGCUGCAAAGCGCAAGAGCGCCAAGUUGGAUGAAAGAAAGCUGAGAAUAGAGAAGCCAUUGCAAAGCCCUUACCAGGUAAACCUACGUAAGGGACACUUGUUGUGCCGAGACGUAGAUCCUGAGGCUGUGGCAUACACCAAAAGGCCGAGCCUUAACUUGCUGGAUUUGCGCUCUUCGCCUCUUGGGGGCCACGCGGCCAAGGAUCGCAGGGCGAGCGUUUGCCGGCUAGGUCCUUCAACGUUGCCCAUGGAUAUCUUGAAAGCAGUUCGCAAAGCUGAGCUGGUGGUGGUUUCUUCCUGGCGGCACUUGCAAGCAAUGCCAAGCGCUUCGAACAUACCGUCCGGGGCUUGGACAAAUGGGCAAAGUCUUUCGUAUAAAGGGAUGGAAUUGAGCAUGUAG